GACACCAUUCUUGCCACACCUCUAGCUCCACCUGAAUUUGAGAUCUCAGUUUUUGGCUGAAAUAAAAACCUUUUUCUACAUCUAAUUACCCAUUUGUUCCUUUACAAUGGCUAACACUAUUUUUAAACUAAAUCCUCAAAACAAAGUAUUGUAUGCAGUGGGACUCUUUUGUCUCAUGCUGUUGGUGCAGAAGGGAGCUGCAACUCAGUUCACUGUUGGAGGCUCAAAGGGCUGGAGUGUUCCAAGUCCCAAUGAUGUCCACUUCAACCAAUGGGCAGAAAAUAGCCGAUUUCAAAUCGGAGACUCUCUUCUUUUUAACUACCAACCCGACCAAGACUCGGUGCUUCAAGUAAACCAGGACAGCUACAACAAUUGCAACACUGACUCAUAUCAGCAAAAAUACACUGAUGGCCACACUGUUGUCCAGUUGCCUCAAUCUGGGCCUUUCUACUUCAUAAGUGGCAACAAAGACAACUGUCAAAAAAAUGAAAAGAUGGUGGUUAUUGUAUUGGCAGAUAGAAGCAACAGCUCUCAGAAUACUAACACAACCACCUCUCCUCCACCUUCAGGCUCAACAGAUAUAACACCAUCUCCAGCACCUGCCGGUGAGGAGUCUCCGUCACCACCACCUACCGGUGAGGAGACUCCAGCUCCUGUCAGUGAAACUCCUCCUCCUCCUCCAAGUGGAGCUUCUUCAAUCUUCAUUAGUUCUGUCACUACCCUUGGAGCAUUCACUGCUUCAUCUCUUUAUUUCUUACUCUAAGUAUAAUGUUUGAAUGAUUGAGUUGGUUUCUUCUUUUUUUUUUCUUUUUUCCUUUCUUUUAUUUUUUUACCCCCAUUGUUUUUCGUACCUUGAACUCAACUGGGUUUUCAAAGGUGGAAUGGUUUGUUAUACAGUUGAAAUAAGCAAGCUGCCAAUGAUAUGCUAUUUGGGGUGCUUGUAAUUUCACCAUUAUUGAUGUUCGUAAAUAAGGGAAUAAAUGAAUCUUUAUACUGUGUGGAUAACACGAAUUUCGUGUUAA